CCCGGGAUUUAGGCCCAUGUACAUAUGCAAUUUCCUCCUCCUUCAUCUUUCUCAGCUUUCCUCUCUUCCUCUUCCUCACCAUUCUUCUCCUCAUCUUCCUCCUCCUUUUCCUCUUCCUCGUCCCAUCUUCCUCAUCUUCCUCCUCUCUGUCUCUGACUGAAUUGAACACAGUAGUGCUUUAGUCAAAAUGGCAACUAAGCUAAAACAGGUGAUGAGGGUGUUAAUGGUUCUGAUCCGCAGUAACCGCGCGAAUCUGCGCGUCGUUUUUAAAGGCGGGUUACUGAUGCUGCUGUCUACACAGACCACACCAGCAGUGUACACGGUUGCUGCUGCUGGUCGCUGGUGCUCCAAAGUGUCUAAGAAAAACAUUAAGAAAGAGGCUGUAGACACACUUUCCUCCUUUGUCUCUCUUUGUGACUGCCCCUAUCCUGAAGAGCUCUGCAAGUUCUCAGAUAACUUCGGGCCUUUACGUUUUGCAUAUUCCUUUCAGGUAGAUCAGGAAGGCCAGGAAUGGGAGAUUGAGAGAUUUCUUCAGAUAUUCAGCCUGGUUCAUGCUCAGAUUACAGUUAUCCUCAAAGUAAGGAAUAAAGAACACACACACCAGCAAGUAUUCAGUGUUAAGAGCACACAUUCCGUGUUGGGGCAUGCCGUCGCCAUGGACAGUACAGCAUUCGGACAGACUCCGUUCUCUGUGAGGUCUCUCCCUUCAUGUAGCCGUGUACACCCAGUUUUAGGAGAGACCCUCCCUCUCUUACUGCCCUCUGAAGCUGUGGAGGCGGGACUCUGCGGGGAGGUCAGCAUUAACACCAUGGCUGUGCUCGGACCCUGCAUGAAGCUGUACCCCAACUGGCCAACUCGCAUCUCACGCAUAUGCUUGUUAGUGUAUAGUCCCAGCGGCAUUCCUGUAAUGCAAGGAGAGAGUGAGGUGCAGCUGAGCUUUCUCCAAAGCCUGCCUGACUCUCUGCCCUGGGGAGAGCUGGGUCUGCCCCAUGUAUACUGUACUCAAACACCUGGCCGUCUGUGCUCUGAGGUGGAGUUCACUGUAGGCGACGAUCACAUUGAGGACCCUAAACCAGAAUGCAGCCGGGCUGUGAGUCAGGAAGUGAAGCUGGAACAGUGUCAUCCUGUGGAGCAAACACUCACGAUUUUCCUUUUCAUCCAGCUUAAUGACCCCUUUAACUCCCAACUGUCUGACCUGAUCACAAAUGAAGAGACUUUAGAGAAAUACUUGGACAAGGUGCUCCAGUACAAUGGAGAAAAAAUGAGGUCAGUCUUGCGAUGCCUUCUGGAAAACACACUCAAGGAAUUCCUGAAAAGAAAAAAGUCCAGUGAGACGUUCCAGUCGGCCAUGUCGGUGAUCCUGAGCUGUGUGAACAGUAUUGUGAUCGGCAGUAGCAAUGCAGCAUUUCGCUCUUCUUGUCUGAAGAGCAUGAAGGUACAGAACACCCAUGAAUUGGCUAAAUCCAUGCAGCAAACUCUUCAGAGAGUCAUAAAUGGGCGUUAUACUUCCCGUUCAGGCUGCACAGCUCAGAAGACAGAAGAGGAAGCUGUUUCUGGACAGAAUAAUGCUGAGACUUGUGAAGAGGGACUGCCUGGUAAGAGAGCUCACAGAGAUAAGGAGCAGUCACCAUUAAUCUCUAAGAGACAGUGUCCAGACACCACUGCAGGGGAUUCAAAAGCCUCUACGAGCGGAUUGUGGGAGAAUCUGCCAAGUCCGAUGACGGCCAUGUUUUGUGAAGGACCGGGUGAAGAAAUGUGUUUAGAGGCAACUUCAUCCGGCCUUCCAUGUAAUACUGAAAAGAAAAAUCAAGAGGUUGAGAGGGAAUGGCUUCAAGAGCUUAAAAAUCUGACUGAGUGGGAUUAAAGCAAGGAGUUCUGAACAGCUACCAGCUGCAUUUUAUAUUCAUGUAAUACACUGUUCAACAUGUUUACUGUGUUCCUUUAGAAUAUAAUAAUAUGAAGAACAAGGAAUGAAUUACUCAAGUAUUAGCUGUAGAUUCAGACUUUACCUCAAGAUGGCGCCAACACAUCAGCACCUACUGUAUGUUUUGUAUGUUGGCAUGCCAGUGACUCUGAACUGUUUUUUCUUGUUUAUUAUUUUUGUUUACAAUAAACGAUUAUAAAUCAUAAUAUAUCUUUGACUUUGAAAAGUAAAAAAGUAUUUGUCAUUUGAUUUGUGAUAGUAAUCCUGUAUGGUAAGGAGCAAUGCCAAUCUAAAUAAAAGAUUUAAUAAAA